CGUUGCUGUCAUGGCCGUACAGGGAAGAAUGACGCCGUUGUCUAGUCGAGCUACUGCCUUCUCCGUGGCCGCGCUAAUGGCUUCAGCAAGCGGUUCCAAACGUCAAGAAGUAACCGCUACCAGAAAUCACACGCAAUCCGCUUUUCGUAGUCCGCAAGCAAGCGGUCCAUACCAAUCUACGACUACAAGUUCGCCAGCUCGAAAUGUAUCAGAGGACGAAACACACUAUGAAGAUCAAUCUAUACGACUUGAAUGUGGUAAAGUUCAAGUCUUUCUUCAGGAGUCCUCAUUGUGGCGACAAUUCUAUGCACUCGGAACUGAAAUGAUAGUCACGAAAGCCGGCAGGAGAAUGUUUCCAGUUCUGAAAGUCGACAUCUUGGGUUUGGAACCGCAGAAAACAUAUUCAUUAAUGUUGGACGUAGUCCUGGUUGAGCACAAACGGUACAAGUACGCCUAUCACGAUUCUCGGUGGCUAAUUGCUGGCAAAGCGGAUCCUCCACCCGUUGCUCCACCAAGUGUCUACGUUCAUCCAGAGUCACCAGCAAGCGGUCACCAUUGGAUGAAGCAGACGGUAGUUUUCGACAAAGUGAAGUUGACGAACAGUGAAACUAGCCGAGAAGGACAGUUGGUGCUCAACUCGAUGCACAAGUACCGACCACGCCUUCGAAUUGUCGAGGUGCAAGACGGAGAGAAAGAAGCAGAAGAAGCCUUUCAGUUCAGUGUUCCAGAAACAGAAUUCAUAGCCGUCACGGCCUACCAAAACCAGCAGAUAACUAAGCUUAAAAUCGACUGCAAUCCGUUUGCAAAGGGCUUCAGAGAGUCAAGGGCUACCGCCAGGUUCGCUGUCGAUUCCUGCUUGGAGGCGUUUUAUGCAUAUCAUCGACAUGCAAAGACGGAAAGAGGAGAUAAUCUCAAAUCAGUAGAAGCACACUAUACAAGCGCUGAAGCGACUUCGCCGGUACCUGAUCACAUCAUGAGUCACUGUCGAUGGUUACCAGGAGACACACCACGAUUUAAUCCGUUUGUGUCCGUCUUGGCGCAACCGUUUGGAACUGAAACACCCGUCAAUGACGCGGCAGUAAACGUCCAAAGACAAGAUAUUUGCAGCAACUUAAAUUGGAGAACACGCUGUCAUACAGCAUUCACGCAGACUCCUCGAUUCCAUCCAGUACGGUACGGAUGCCAGCACCCUGCACUGAAAACAUUUUCUAAGUUAGAUGUACCAACUGACCGUGCCCCAUACUAUGUAAGAUGCUGCUCGCCUCAUUCCGCACCUUCGAUUGCCAAAGCAUCCUCUGCGUCUAAUCAAGUCGCUUGUCUGAAUGCUCUCACAAGUCGUGAAGUUCGGUGGGCUAGGAAACCAAUCACUUCAUACUCUUACUCUAUGGGAUUUCACAGUGUAGAAAGGCCAAUACCAUAUAAUCGGCCAAGGCUCAAGAAUCAUCAAAGGAGACAAAGCAGGAACUCAUGUGACAAUAUUCAGAAAAAUGAGGAUAGACCAUGA